AUGCACACAUUGCUGUGUGUUCACCUCCUUCUAGGCUUGGCAUUUGCUGUCCACGCACAGAAUGACACAUGUCCAUCUUUGUGCACCUGUGCCUUCCACGGACGCAGCAAUGGAAAGGGACUCAGGACUGUGCUGUGUAAGAAUCCUUCCUUGACAGCAAUCCCAGUCAACUUGCCCUCUGACACAGUGAAGUUCCGUCUGGAGCGCACUUCUGUUUCUCGGGUCUUCAGGGGGGCCUUUUCAACCUUGCCAAACCUUGUAUAUCUCUGGCUUACCUACAACUCCAUCACCAUCGUCCAUCCCCGAAGCUUCACAAACCUCACGUUCCUCCAUGAGCUGCGAUUGGAUGGGAAUCUUCUGUCCACCUUCCCCUGGGAGGCUCUCAGGGACACACCCCGCCUCCGAACACUCGGGCUGCACAACAACCGCCUGUCACGAGUCCCUCCUCAAGCUGCACGUUUCCUUGGCAAUAUCACCUACCUAGACCUGUCAAGCAACAGGCUGAGUACGCUGCCAAAUGAACUGACCACUCUCUGGCCUCUCACUACCCAAAGUGAACCCCAGCGCUCAGUGGUACUAGGUCUGCAGGAUAACCCCUGGCUUUGUGACUGCAGACUGUCCGUUUUACUGGACAUCAGUAAGGCCCCAGAAUCUUCUCUAGUUCUGUUGGAUCGGUUCCUGACGUGUAUUGGCCCUCCCGACCUAGCUGGAGUUCCCUUCCAGAGUGUGGAUCUGCCACGCUGCCGCCGGCCCUCAGUGCUGACCUCUGCCACAAAGGUCACAACCUUACUGGGGAGCAAUGUCCUGCUGCGCUGUGAUGCCAGAGGAUACCCUACCCCUGCUCUCAUCUGGAUCAAAUCAGCUAGACCUAACCUCUACAACACAGUUGUGCAGGAGUCUCCUCGUAAAGGAUUACGCUGGUCAGUGAUCAGCCUGAAUGGGAUAUCAUAUAAGGAUGCUGGAGAGUACCGCUGCAGGGCUCAGAACAUGGCUGGCACGUCAGAGGCCAUCAUCAGUCUGAAUGUGGUUGGAGUCAUCAAUGGAAAUUCAGAUUCCAAAAAACCAGCUGCACCUAAAUCUCCUUUAAAGCCUCCCUCUGAAAGGAAGCCCAACCAACGACUCAAAAUGACUCCCAGCUUAUUCCCUAAAAACGUCACUGGAGGCCUGCUCUCCCCUCCUAAGAGAAUCCUCACCACCCUUAAAGCCAGCAGGGACAAGAUGAAGAGAGACAGGACUGGAAGGCCGAGCUUGCCUCAAAGCUGAUUAUCCAAACCAAACAGGCCAAGCAGCUCACAUCCAAUUCCAAUCAAAUGCAAUACAGCCAAACCAGAC